AGCACCGUUCUCUCUGUCCCCCUCCCCCAAACCGAAGGUUGGGUAAUACCACAGAGCCUCAGGAAAGGGGGAAAAGCGAUGGUCACCUCCGCUGAUGGGUGAGUGGGCGGAGGCUGAAUUUCUUACCGCCGUUGCACCUGGGCCCUGAGGACAUAGAGGGAAAGUAAGACUCUUAGGUUCGAAGAGCUACGAGAGGCCAGGAGUAGCUCCUGGAAGAAAGGGUGGGACGUUAGGUGGAGAGAGUGCCGCGGUUCCCCCUGCUGCUGGUGCGGGUCCCCGCGCCCAGUUGUGGAGCGUCGCGCGCGAGGAGGGGGCGGGAGGAGGGCAGCGGCUGCUCGCGGUGUUGUUCGCUCGCGCAUCGAGCACGCCGUGGGUCCGGCGACCGGCGGGCGCCCUAGGCGGCAUUUUCAGUGGCCCGGCGCUUCAGCCGCUGCCCGGAGCGGAUUCCAGCCCCGAGCCCGAAGCUCCUGGGGGGCUCGAGGUGGAGUCCCGGAGCUGCGCGGGACCGGCGGACGCCGCCGAAGCAUGAAGAAGGGGUAAGGCUGGAGCCCCCCACGAUUUCAUGUUUGGAGAGAUCAGAAUAUUAAAACAAAUAUUGAUGAUAGCUGUUGGAAUAAAGUUGCAGUGAAAGCUAUGGCUAAAAAUACUUUUAAAUCUUCAAAGUAAACUGGCACAGAGGCUGAUCCCACGAUGCCAUUAGUGAAGAGAAACAUUGAUCCUAGGCAUUUGUGCCACACAGCACUACCUAGAGGCAUUAAGAAUGAACUAGAAUGUGUAACCAAUAUUUCCUUGGCAAAUAUAAUUAGACAACUAAGUAGCCUAAGUAAAUAUGCUGAAGAUAUAUUUGGAGAAUUAUUCAAUGAAGCACAUAGUUUUUCCUUCAGAGUUAACUCAUUGCAAGAACGUGUGGAUCGUUUAUCUGUUAGCGUUACCCAGCUUGAUCCUAAAGAAGAAGAAUUGUCUUUGCAAGAUAUCACCAUGAGAAAAGCUUUCCGAAGCUCUACAAUUCAAGAUCAGCAGCUUUUCGACCGCAAGACUUUGCCUAUUCCAUUACAGGAGACAUACGAUGUGUGUGAACAACCUCCACCUCUCAAUAUACUCACUCCUUAUAGAGAUGAUGGUAAAGAAGGUUUGAAGUUUUAUACCAAUCCUUCAUAUUUCUUUGACCUAUGGAAAGAAAAAAUGUUGCAGGAUACAGAGGAUAAGAGGAAGGAAAAGAGAAAGCAAAAGCAGAAAAAUCUAGAUCGUCCUCAUGAACCAGAAAAAGUGCCAAGAGCACCUCAUGACAGGCGGAGAGAAUGGCAGAAGCUGGCCCAAGGUCCCGAGCUGGCUGAAGAUGACGCUAAUCUCUUACAUAAGCACAUUGAAGUUGCUAAUGGCCCAGCUUCUCAUUUUGAAACAAGGCCUCAGACAUACGUGGACCAUAUGGAUGGAUCUUACUCACUUUCUGCUUUGCCAUUUAGUCAGAUGAGUGAGCUUCUGACUAGAGCUGAGGAAAGGGUGUUAGUCAGACCACACGAACCACCUCCACCUCCACCAAUGCAUGGAGCAGGAGAGUCGAAACCUAUACCCACCUGUAUCAGUUCUGCUACAGGUUUGAUAGAAAAUCGCCCUCAGUCACCAGCUACAGGCAGAACACCUGUGUUUGUGAGCCCUACUCCCCCACCUCCUCCACCACCUCUUCCAUCUGCCUUGUCAACUUCUUCAUUGAGAGCUUCAAUGACCUCAACUCCUCCCCCGCCAGUACCUCCCCCACCUCCACCUCCAACCACUGCUUUGCAAGCUCCAGCAGUACCACCACCUCCAGCUCCUCUGCAGAUUGCCCCUGGAGUUCUUCACCCUGCUCCUCCUCCAAUUGCACCUCCUCUAGUUCAGCCCUCUCCGCCAAUAGCUAGAGCUGCCCCAGUAUGUGAGACUGUACCAGUUCAUCCACUCCCACAAGGUGAAGUGCAGGCGCUGCCUCCACCCCCACCACCGCCGCCUCUGCCUCCACCUGGCAUUCGGCCAUCAUCACCUGUCACAGUUGCAGCUCUUGCUCAUCCUCCCUCUGGGCUGCAUCCAACUCCAUCCACCGCCCCAGGUCCCCAUGUUCCAUUAAUGCCUCCAUCUCCUCCAUCACAAGUUAUACCUGCUUCUGAGCCAAAGCGUCAUCCAUCAACCCUACCUGUAAUCAGUGAUGCCAGGAGUGUACUGCUGGAAGCAAUACGAAAAGGUAUUCAGCUCCGCAAAGUAGAAGAGCAGCGUGAGCAGGAAGCUAAACACGAGCGUAUUGAAAAUGACGUGGCCACAAUCCUGUCUCGCCGUAUUGCUGUGGAGUACAGUGACUCGGAAGAUGAUUCGGAGUUUGAUGAAGUAGACUGGUUGGAGUAAGAAAAAAUGCAUUGCUAAAUAUUACAAAACUGAAUGCAAAUGUCCUUUGUGGUGCUUGUUCUUUGAAAAUGUUUGGUCAUUCUAGUGUUUUGCUUUCUAUUCCUUAUAAUAAAUAACCCUUUUCCUCCAUAACUUUUGAUUCCUAAGAAAAAUAUUAGCAUACAUUUCAAACUAAAUAUUUUAUAGUGGCUUAUUUUUUUUCCCUGAAAAGACAUAAUUUGAUCCAAUAAACCACUAAGUAUUAAGCAUGGACAGCUGUUAGAGUAGCAGAUUCAGUUUCUUGAUAUACCUUAAUUGUGCACUUUGUGAAUUUUAAUUUAAAGGAAGUAACUGAGAUGAAAUCUUGAGGGCAGCUGUAUCUAUUAAUGAGCCUUACUCUAUUUCCUGAUGUUUUAAAAGAAGAAACACUGCCUUGACUCUGGAUACACAGAAAGUACAUUUAGCUUGUAGUGUUGAAUUCUCUUAAAGGAAUGCUUAAAGUUUUUGUUAUUAUUUUGUUUUAAAUACUUGCCUUAUUUGAAUGUUUAGCAGUACCCCUUUCCCACUUAAAUAUUGUAUGGUACAAUUUUGCUUGCCUAUAGGAGUUUAAAAUUUUUCCAUGUGAAAUAUUCUGAAUUAAACAUACAUGUAACUUACGUAACUGUUAAGAAUAACAGUCUCAUUUAAUAAAUGGUUUGUUUUAAAGGU